UCAGCAGUCGUAAUUUUCAAUUAGAAAAUGGCGGGAGCAUACGGAUCAUUUAGGCAGCUCGAAGACAAACCAUGUUCUGCUGAAAUUCUCUAUCAAAAAUGGUCGCCAAAGAUGGAUUUGCUGGCUCUUGUGACAGUCGAGGGAGAAGUUUGGUUGCAAAGGUUGUCGUGGAAGCGAGUGUGGCUGAUUUCCGCCGCUGAAGGUCGAGCUGUAUCUGUGGCUUGGAGACCGGACGGAAAAAUCUUAGCUGUUGCUUUCAUUGAUGGGAAAAUCAAGUUAUUCGAUAUUGAAAACGCUGAAUGUGUUCACAAAACUGAAAUAGAAUCGACGCCUAUGUCCUUAGAUUGGAUAGAAGAAGGAAAAGAGAAGGUGUCAAAUGACGAAUCAGCUGAGAAAAAUUUGCCGUUUUUCGUGGAAAAGUCAGAACUUUAUCUGCCUUCGAUUUCUCAUCUACCAAAAUCCACAGGAGCUCUGUUUUACAAAGAAGUCUCACAAGAGGGCUCAGAUGAUCAUAAAAAAAUGAAGUGUCUGCCUGACGAGUUGAGCGUGUUAGCCAUCGGCGAUGAUAAAGGGAAAAUUCAUUUAUUUCUCUAUGGGAUUUUUCUCUGUGCUUCUCUUAAUACAGUUGAUGUCUUGCCAAAGCACUCUGAAAGUGAAGUCAUCAGUAUCAGUGUGUCGCAUGACUUAAGGGUGCUCUCAGCUGUUGUCAAGACAUCUGUCCCAGGAUCUGAUAAACAAGUGGUGACACUGAUAUUGUAUGACUCUGGGUUACUGUCAUCAAGGUGUCUUGAACUUGCAGUAGUUGCCAAGAAAAUGGGUGAGGUCACCAACUUGAUGGAUUACUUCGAUAACACCUUGCAGGCCAUGUCUGAUGCUUGGGAAGACAUACUUCUGGAAAUGGACACCAAGUUGACAGAGUUUGCUGCUGAGCGUUUGACAGCUGGCUCAAGUGUCAGUGGUGAAUUUCUGACAUUGCUCACUUGUGGUGUGACCAGCCCUGAGUUGCAGACUUUCCUUAUCCAUGAUCUGACAGAAAAAGGCCUCAAGAAGCUUGGUCAUAGCAUUGAAAAUUCUUAUUCUAGUAUUCAAAAUUUGGCACUGAAACACUUACAGUGUGUGGCACAAUCCCUGCUGUUUCAUAUCACGGAGAUACAUGGAAUGUCACGAUGGUUUGAGCAGUUUGGUGAAUUGGGUCUUUCUGAUUUUGACAUCCAAGCGGCUGUAUCAAGUCUUGGCUCCAUCAUGUUGAAAACACAAGAGCUUGUCUUAGUAAUUGAAACCAGCCUCAAGAGCUUUAAAGCAUUCUUUCAAUGGCUUUACUAUAUUAUACUGAGUUUGUCUGAUGCAGAAAUUCCAGACUUUGUGAAACAGAGAAGCCAGCAAGAAAUCAUGCUUGUAUCAAACUUCAUUCAAGAUCAGCUUGUGGUCAACAGUCAAGGAAAGUUUACCUUGGAGAGAGUUGGCCAGUACUUUGAUCCAAAGCCACUUACAGUGAAGCCUCCAUUUGGAAACAAUGACUGGGCCAAGUUUGUGGAGAAUCAUCCAGCACUGAAGUCAAGUCCAUUGCUGAUACCUGAUGAGUCAACAGAGUCACUGGUCAUUCUUUCUGGGAAGCUCCAUGGACACCUUAAGAAGGUUUUCACUGAACCAAUUAGUGUCAUUAGCAAAGCUAUCUCUUGUUGGAACUGUUCUCCACUCUAUGAGAUGAGCAAAAGUGAGCAGUCACCCUUUUGUUUAGCACAGAUAGGAGGUCCUUUACAUCCACUUUUGGUCUUUCCUGAUAGAAAUAAACUGUGUAUCAUUUCUAUCAAGGCGAAUGAGCACAGAUUGUUUUUUGCAAGGAUUUGUGUUGAUCAUUUACCAUGUGACACUAAAACAAUGAAAUACUCAUUCUUGCAUGUCAUGUUCUAUGACUCUGAGUAUUUAACUGUUUUGCUUCAGCAACAGGAAGUUGAUGGCAUUAGUGGUGAUGAUGAUGACAGUGAAACAGAAGGGACAUCAAUUUUGGCUCAAGUUCCUUAUCAAUUCCUUGAUGAUAAAGACUUUGUAGACAUUGCUCAAGCAAAGCAGACAUACAUCAAUCAGUUAUCUCAACCUCCAGGAAUUACUGUAGGGUCAAGAAUUACUCAUUAUCGAAAGCUGAUUGGCAUGAAGGCUGGGUCUUUGGCUGUCAGUGGAACACGUAAGGUGUCAUGUGUAUUGUCAGCUUCACAGAGAAAUGUUCGAUUGUUUGAUAUGGAUGCCGAAGAUGAUGAAGCAGAUGAUGAUGAACCUGAAAAUGAAGAAUUAGAUAAUGCUUUUGAAGAAAAGCAGUGAGAAACAGCAAGUCUUUAAAAAAGCCUAAUACUAUAAUGUUUAUUUAGCUUUGAAAUUUACGCAAUGAAUGGUGACCUUGUUUGGUUGCCAUAGUCUUCCAUUAUUUAUGCCAAAUGAUCCAGAACAAAAUAUAUAGAACCAUAAACUUUCCAGUUCAUAUUUUCUGAUGAACAUUUGUGGAACUUAAUAGCUGUAAAGACACCUUUAUGUUACAUCUAGGUGAAUAUUUGCACAUUGCUAAAGUAGUUUACUUUAUUGACUUCAUUAAAUUUAUCCCCUCUAAAUUUUCUAAUUAUUCUGAAUUAACAGCUUAAUACUUGAUGCUCAUAAGGCCAGCUGAUAAUGGGGUGGAAUUGAAAGUUAAAUUAGGCCAAAACUUAAAGGAGAAAAUUUGAAGCUACGCUAGACUUAACAAAUAUGUAUUUGUUGGAAUUUUCCCUGUAUUAAAGGUGAUUUUUCUUGUAUCUCUUUUCAAAAGAAAAACCUAGCUGAUAUAUCAAAUUUUGAAUAUUCCAUUUCACAGAAAUUCAAUUUGGAUGCUAUGGUGUUGCAUUUGUAAUAAUGACCUCAGGAGAAGUCUUGUUAGGGCUUGUACUGAUGUGAA